CAAUUCCAUAUUUAUCUCCUAAUAAAGUUGUUUAUAUUUACAAUUUUCAAUCUAAUCGGUUGCGGUGCACUUAGAAUUUGUGCAAAUCACUUCAACAAGAUAUGUACCUUCUAAUCAUAUCUAGUAAUAUGUGAACAACCAAAUCUUUAAAAAUGAUAAGUGUCCUUAUUCCAAGUUUUCGUCAAGUUCAAGGAAAUCAUGGAAAGCAUUUUACUGUUUUCCAGAUUGAAGUAUAUUCAUCAGGAAAAUGUCAUAGAAUUGAACGAAGAUAUCGUGCCUUCCAUUCUUUACACAAGCAGCUAAAACAUAUUAUUCAUGCUCCUGAAUUUCCACCAAAGAAGGUUCGUAAUUUGAACCCAAAGGUUCUUGAACAAAGAAGAAGAGGUUUGGAACAUUACAUUCAAGAACUUUUAAAGCGUAAACCAGUGCCUAAGCAGUUAUUGAAUUUUUUAUCGCUACCCGGUGUAUCCCCUGCAUCUAGCUUGAACUCGUUAAAUGCAGAAGAAAGCCGAGAAAUAGUUCAUCAACCUGUUGUGAUGUAUAACUCAAAUUUAUAUGUUGAUGAUGACAGAACUAGUAUUCUACCAAAUAUUGUAAGCAAAGGUCUCCUUAUGGCUUUUUAUUCUUCUGAUGAAGAUAGAGAUUGAAUUUGAACAAGAUAAGAGCUAUUUUUUUUUGUGAUGAACUUACUAUUCCUGUGAUUGUAAUUAUCGUUUUAAUAUGAAAAAAUUCGAAGUAAUGAAAGUACAGUAAUAACUGUAAGAGAAAAAUUUAAGAAUUAUUUAUUAAUCCUGAGUUAUUUCAUAAUUUAAAAUUAUUUUCUCUGAAUAUCUUGUACUAAAAUUUACUCUCUGAAUUUAAUGGUGAUAGCUAAUAAUAUAUUUUAUGGUUUUAUUUAUCAUUUUUGCUGUUGAGUUGUAUAAUUUUUAAUAUUUUUCUUUUUGUUCUGGUUAGUUCAUAUGCAUUAUUAUAGAUUCUGUGUAAAUACGAUGAUUUCUUCAAAGUUUGUACCUCUAUAUUGAUGAAUAGUUUGUUAAGCUUGUCAAUAUUUGUAUACAUUAUUUAUAGAGUUGUUUUUAAUUCUAUAUUGAAAAGGACAAUCUGUGUGGCCCAAUUAAAAAAAAAUGUACUCAGUAAUUAAAUGUUUACAAAUUUUAUUAUUUUUAUUAGAGGACUCUUAAAAUAGAUAAAUAAUAAAUAUGUAAAUAUUAUCAAAAAUUAUUUAAUGAAUAAGAUGUUUCUAUUAAUCAUAAAUUUAGCUUUGGGUUAUUGAACAAAGAUCUAUUAUUUUUGUAUGAUAAUUUAAUUUAUAUUUUAAAACUGUAAAUCUUCUUUUAUUGAUAAAAUACUAAUCCAUUAUACAUAGGAUUAUAUUUUUUUUAUGGGAGGAAUUAAAUUCUUCCGUUUUUAUUGGUGCCCUAAUUUGUUUAGUUAAAAUUAGUUUUUAAUAGUAAUUAUAUUAGUUUUAAUAAGCCCCUGAUUUUUAAAUUUGUUCAAUUCUUAGCUUUCUUGCAGAAUUUAACUUUUUCCUAGGCAACUUGUGUAAAACUCCCCAGAUCCUUUUCCACUUAUUUUUAUACAAAUUAAAGAUAAACUAAAUACAUUUUACUUUACAUAAGAAUUUAUCGAACAAAUUUUUAUAAGUAAGACAAACAAUAGGAUAGAUAAGCCUGUUUGUCAAUACAGAUUUUCUUAAUUUGUGGAAUUAGACUGGGCAUGUCUACUCUCAUUUUUUUAAAACAUUGAUUGCUACAUAAUGCUUUGAUUUUAUAAUAGCAACUGUUAAAAACUCAAUACAAAUAAAUAGUAGCAAAUUUAAUUAGAAUUCUUUGAUCUUUGGCUUCUUAUAUAAUAUCAUUCAAUACUCCUGUAAGUAAGUUGAGACUCUCCUAAGAGCCUAGGUGCACUUUUUGGGAACCACUGCAAUUCAACUAUAUUUUUAAAUCUGAUUAUUAGAAGAAGUUAUGAAAGAGAGUUGUUGGACCUUCUAACAAAGAGUCUUACACUAAUUGAUGCAGUUAUGCAUUAGUGAACCAUUUCAAAAAAUUUUUAAGAUAAAAUUUUACAUGGAAAAAUUUCUAAUUCUGCAUAUAUCAAGAUUUAAUUGUUGCCUCAAAAGUAGUCUGUUUUACAAUGGUUAAUUAUUUCAUUUCAUCAUUACAAAUCUUAAGCAUUUUGAUACAAAUUCCAUAUCUACAAAAUAGUGUUUGGUUCUUAAUUGCAUAACUGCUACCAAUUUAAAACUCUUUGAUUUUUCAUAAACCUCUUAAACAAAAAGUAAUAAUUAAAAAUAUUUUAUUUAUAAGUUUUAAAAGUAGUUGUAGAUUUAAAGAAAAUAGAAACAAACUGUUAGUUAUCCAUUGUUCUAUACAUUUAUCUAAAUUAGGAUAAGUUUUUAAAAAAUAAAAGUAGAAAUUUUAUUAAAAGUAUUAGAUAUUUUAUCUUUUUUAUAUACUAAAUAUACUAUUUGCCUUGCACUAAUACUACUACUGUUGAUCUCUUAUGCACUUAGAAUGCAAAGAUCUUAACUGUGAUGCUUAGUAUUUUUUAUGUAUAGUGAUAUGUCUCUGUUCUUUUUCAACAUGGUGAUUUAACCCUAUGAGCCUGAACUUGCCCUAAAUUGCUCCCUUCAGCUAAACACUUAUUUGGUAUUUUUGGGCAUAUAGCUAGAGUCCAGGGGUGAGAGAUAAUUCACAACCAGCCAUUUAUAAGGAAGGGGUGAUUCCAUUCUGUUUUUGUGCUUGAAGGCAUUACCCUGUGUUUGGAGGCAUUAGAAUUCUUAUCCGUAACCAGGCUCAUAGAGUUAACAUGUGUACACAAGAAUCUGCUUUAUGAAACGGGUGAUCAUGAUGUGCUUCCUACUGUAUAAAUGAAAAUAUUUAUCAAUAAUCUCUGAACAAUGUGUGAAUAACAUAUCUUAAAAAUAUAUUGAUGUGCCUAGUUAUGUAUGUUUCUGGUUUUUAAGGUGAAAGGAAUUUCCAUAUAUAUUUUGCUGAAUAUAUUAUAGAUGCUUUUUAUUAUAUAUCUGGAGUAGAAAUCAUAGUAGCAUCUUGUGUUUAAAUAUAAAAAAGUUGAGUAUAUAAUACCUCUGCACUGAUUAGAGAAUUGUUCUAUUCAAUUGAUCAGCAGAUUUUCAAAUUUCUUAACAAACAAAAAAUGCUUUUUGAAAAUCACUUAACUAUGCAAAAGAAAUUCAUUAAUUUUUAUGAAAUAUUUUUUUAUCGAGAAAGUAAAAAGAAAUAACUUUACCCGAAGAAUUCCCAAAUUUGCUUGCACUAAGAAAUUACAAUUAUUAUUUUUUUUGUGUGUGAUUAAAUGUAUAUAUUAAAAAGCAAAAAAAAAAAAAAAAA